GUGGGCUACUACAUUGAUGCCGCACAGGUAUAAUUGUAGGGUAUAUAAUUAGUCGGUGAUUGUAGUUUUGCAAGUUGGAUCGAUGUAGCACGGAACUGGUAAACGAGGUUUGGAACGACGGUUAGAAAGGUGAGCAACGACGGCAGGGGAAAUGGCUCUUCACGUGGUUUGACAUCAAGCGCAAACUGCAAUUGGAGUGGUUCUUCGAAAAUCUUGAUCUGUAGUGGGCAAGUCGACCAAGACGUAGUUUUUUUGGUUGUUUUUCGUUCUUAGGCCAUUUUGAAAGUUACCAGGGCAUUGAAUGAGAUUUUUCGAUCAUGUGUAGUUGGAAGACUAAAAACAUUUUGACUCCAGCUCUGAAACUGUUUAAGUAUGCAAGUGGACACAAAUCUUCAGGGCAGCGAUAACACGUGUGUUGCGAGAUUGUUGUUGGAUUUGAUUUGCGCAGAGAUGUAUGUGGUUAGGGGAGUACGGGUUGCAUUCAUAUUUAGAAACAAGAUAGACUCCAUUUCGGGGUGACGAAAUUAGUAGAGGUUGCAUUUGUUGUAGAAACAUACUUGCAUCACAGCAACAGUGACCACGAUCAGCAGCAGGACACCGUGUUCAGUCACAGUAGCAGAUGUCCACAUGUCUUCUUGAAGUUUUCAGAACUUAGGUCCUUCAAAAUUUCUUGAAAUUGACCCUUCAGAGAAAAACGUAAACGAUGAAGCAGUUGAUAGUUUCAACGUAAGUCGGGAGAUUUGCCGCACGCUUAAGCCAAUGUGCAUGUCUGCCAAGUCGCAGUAGCUCUGAAUGCUGCCAGUUACCUUGCUACUCUGACAGACGGUCUAUGUAGCCAUCUCUUUCUGACGCAGCAGCAGGGGAAGUACACAUUGCAACCAUAUCGACUCAAUCUAAGGAAAACAUGGCUAAAAAGGAUAAGAAGCCAGUACCUGACAAAGUUUUCAAAAGAGAGGGAGGGACUGAAAGAAGACAAUCGGAUGUAAGACCCCAAAGUACCACACCCACUUCAGGGUUGCGAAAUUUGGACAGGAGGGGAAGCAUGUCGCCCCCAAAAUCGAGGCAGCGAGAGAUCAGCUGGGUGGAUUAUGAGGACCUCAUCAAAGCGAGGCAAGAAGAGAAGCAGGUAGUUUCAACAUCGCCUCGAUCCCGCACUCCCUCUCCUGUCAGCAGGGCAUCGUCCAGAGGAAGAUCUUCGAUUCAAAGCCGAUCCAAGAAGAAACGACUAGAAUUAGACGAUAGGGAUGAUAUGCCUAGUAAAGGCAAGGUGCGAUUCUCCGCCUCUCUGCCCGUGCGUCCAAAAGAAUCUCUGCCAUUUCCAUUCCUCAGAAGAACCUCCCAAGUCUCUCUCCCAGGUGACAGACGCCGGAUCUCUUUGCGCGAUUUUUCCUUGGAGCCUGGUAAAAAUUAUCAAGGGGAGUUGGAUAUUGAAGAGGGACGUUCUAUUGUUUUUACGCCACGGGUCCCAGGAGAUAAAGAGUGGCGAGAUGCUUCCAGAGAACCGCCAUCAAUCAUUCAGAAACUUGAUGUGGAGGGCUUGGCCAUGCACGAGCCUCCAUUCCUCAAAGACAUAAGGGGCGAAUCUCGCAGAUCAAGUCUUCGGGCUCUGAGCAAGUUUGGUAAACUUUUGCCCAGCCAUCGCCGGAGCGCAUUCGUUAGAUCCGUUAUGGCGUCUGCUAAUAUAGAUGGGACCCAAGUUGUCCCUCGGUUGAGCAGCAAGUAUAUUACCGUGGCACCUAAGACACGGUUGAGCACAGUUAUUGUGCCUGUCAAUGCUAAGCAGUGGCUAUUGGAGGUCAUGUGCCAGAAAGAUUUACAGCUCCGUGAGCUUUUUGACCAGGUAAUGUGUGAAAAAUUAAAAAUAUGAAUUUAAUCCAGCCGAAGUUAACCGACAGCAAGGUU